AUGGCGUCCGACUUAUCCACUGCUGCCACUCUGGCGGGCAGUCUCACUGUCGACAUGAGCACUUCCACCGUCGAGCUUGCCCCCAAGGCUGGCUUUGGCUGGUUCGGCAUCCUUGGCUGGAUCAUCCUCACCGCGAUCAACCUCGUGUCCAUGACCCUCUACUGGGCCAUCCGCAUCGUCACCAUAACUGUUCCCAGCUUGCUCUACGCGCUGCUAUCCGCUAGCUGGACGGUGACGAUGAAUGCUACCACACUGUAUGUCUUUAACUGCUCUCUGCUGCUGCUGCCAGCUCUAACGCCUUUCAGCAUCUUCAUUAUGGUAGCGAUCGCAUCGGCUGUUAGCUGGGUUGUGAGAUACCGCAUUCUGAAUAUGUACUCGCGACUACCGCCCGAGCCUCAACGCAAGGAGCCAGAUAUCGACCUCUUUCCUGAUACCCAUGAGGAAGGAAUGAAAUCUGGGCUCUCCAAUUAUCUGGAUGAGUUUCUAAGCGCCAUAAAGAUAUUUGGUUAUCUUGAGAGGCCCGUCUUCCACGAAUUGACCCGAAGCAUGCAAACCAGGAAACUGAUUGCAGGAGAGACGAUCAAUCUGGAAGAGGAAAAGGGCUUCUGCAUUGUUGUUGACGGUCUAGUUGAGAUCUUCGUCAAAACUGGCCAAGAUGCCCGCAAUUCUGGCCACUCUUCCGCUGAGCAGUCUUACCAUGACUCCUCUGAAGACGAAGAAUAUAUGGCUAGAGGCCAGCAAAACUACCACCUCCUAACGGAAGUGAGGAACGGCGCACCCAUGUCUUCGCUGUUUUCCAUCAUGUCUCUCUUUACCGAGGACGUCAAGCUCAAGGUUGCGGAUGACAACGAAGUCCAGCCAGAAGGCCCGGAUUCUGGCCAAUUCGUCCCAACGUCAAUGCCAAAUACGCCAAAUCUGAACGCCAGGUCCGGACGGCAUCCUCUUGUGACAGACCACGAGACACAGCCGCAGACACCACUUAGGGCUACUGGAUCGGGUAUCCCUCCAAUGUCACUCAAUGAUACAGUGCCCGCCAUCCACCAACCACCACAAAGACCGAAGGCACCGAAGCGUCGCGUAUCGCAAUCGGUUCAUCCUGACAUCAUUGCCCGUGCGACGGUCGACACUACAAUUGCUAUCAUACCUGCUCAGGCAUUCCGAAGGCUCAUCAAGAUUUACCCCAAAGCCACUGCCCACAUUGUUCAAGUUAUUCUUUCUCGAUUCCAUCGCGUCACUCUCGCUCACGCCUUCAACUAUCUCGGAUUGACCGGCGAAGUCUUUCAAACGGAGAAGAACAUUCUCAAGUUUACUUCUUGCCAACUUCCCAACGCAUUGCGCGGAGAUGCUCUCUCACGACUGAAGGCAAAGUUCAAGCGUGAGCGGGAACGAAUGAAGGACAGCCAGGAAUCAAAAGGCAUCGCGCUUCACAACUCAACCAUCAUUCCUCAGCGUCACUCCAGCACGACUCUCCGCAAAGAGAUUGUUAAACAUGCUGUAGCUAAGCAACGCACCUCGUCCAUGUCUAGCAAUGUCGGCUCGCCGAAGGAACGGCCUCCCCAUCAACACAAGGCACAGCCUGGCGACCUAUUGACCGACAUAAACCAAGCUCGCAACGGUCACAGGCAGUCAGACUUGGAUCCCAAGACGCCACUUGCUCAGCGAUCUUUCAAUCCCUUCGAUUCAGAGAAGCAUGCACGAAUCUCUGUGGACCCACGAGAUCUCGCCGAAGAAGAUGGCCUGUUCCGCACCUGCAUCCUCGAGUGCAUCUUGAAGACCCUAGGCCUCGAUAACGGUGGUACGACCUCUAGAGAGCCGGAAUCAUUAGAGGCAUCCCCCCGUAUUGGCUACAUGGAUCAGCGCCGAGCACGGGGAGUCUUUCCGAGUAACGCUUUUGGGUUUAUGGGGCCAUUUGAGACGUCUAUCGACGGCGAAAGUGAAUCUGUCACCUCUAGCAAUAUGGGAUUGCACGGGACCCCCAGUGCUGCUAUGCUCUCGCAAGGGAUGAAGAAUGAGAUGGAAAUCGUAUUCUUUCCGAAGGGCUCUAUCCUUAUCCAGCAGGGAGAACGAAGCCCUGGCAUAUACUAUGUUGUGGAUGGAUUCCUGGAUAUCAGUGUCAGCCAGCAACCAUCCCGAGAGAUGUUGCACAAGACCAGGCCGAAAUCCCCUGAGACGAAGAGUCCAGACAGGCCGAGCGGCGGAGGGAGCCACGAGCGUUCCCAAACUCAUAAACACACAAGCCAUCGGCGCAGCGUUGCGUGGGUGAAGCCUGGUGGCAUUGCGGGCUACAUUGGGGGUGUUUCGUCGUAUCGUUCUUACAUUGACGUGGUGGCAAAGACCGACGUUUAUGUCGGCUUUCUUCCCCGUGCGUCAUUGGAACGGAUUAUUGACAAGUAUCCCAUCAUUCUGCUCACUAUGGCAAAGCGAUUGACCAGCAUUUUGCCACGUCUGAUUUUGCAUAUUGACUUUGCCCUGGAAUGGGUACAAGUCAACGCAGGCCAGGUCAUUUUCCACAAUGGCGAUGAAAGCGAGGCUAUAUACGUGGUGUUAAACGGUCGCCUCAGGCUCGUCGAAGAACGGAAGGAUGGUGGUGUGGAAGCAAAAGCCGAGUACGGUCAAGGCGAAAGUGUCGGAGAGCUCGAAGUGCUUACAGAAACCGCUCGCCCCGGAACUCUGCAUGCUAUUCGCGAUACGGAGCUGGUUAAGUUCCCACGCACAUUGUUUAACAGUCUCGCGCAAGAGCAUCCCAACAUCACUAUCAAGAUCUCCAAGAUUAUUGCGGCCCGCAUGCGUGCCAUGAUGGACGAUCCAAUGAAUCUCGUCGGUGCGGAUGCCGGCUCCGGUGCCAUUCGAAACCAUGGCAAAUCCACGAUGAAUUUGCGGACUGUCGCAAUUCUACCCAUCACGGCAGGUGUACCUGUGGUCGACUUUGCCAGUCAGCUCAUGAAUGCACUCUCGCAAAUGGGCAUGCCGAAUGGUGCUACGUCACUCAACCAAGCUGCUAUCUUGAACCACCUAGGCAAGCAUGCUUUCAGCAAAAUCGGAAAACUACGUCUGUCCCAAUACUUGGCCGAUUUGGAAGAAAUGUAUGGGCUUGUAGUUUACGUGGCUGAUACCAGCGUCAACUCGCCUUGGACGCAGACCUGCAUCGCACAGGCUGACAGUAUUCUUCUGGUUGGCUUGGCGGUAUCGUCACCGGAAAUUGGCGAGUACGAGCGGUUCAUGCUUGGAAUGAAAUCAACUGCAUGGAAAUCAUUGGUACUGCUACAUGCUGAACGAUUUUCAAAAUCUGGGUUGACAAGAUCAUGGCUACGAAACCGUAUGUGGAUCAACGGUGGUCAUUUUCACAUACAAAUGGCUUUCACAGAAAGCGAAGUGAGGGUAAUACCAACUUCGAAGAAACUUGGCCAAACGCUCAAGCAACAACUGCAAAUUCUGCAGACCGAGAUUCAAAAGUACACGACAAAGAAAGCACAGAGCUAUUACAUUCCUGACUCACCGAUGAAGAGCGACUUCCAUCGCCUGGCCCGUCGACUCUGCGGCAAGUCUAUUGGUCUGGUCCUUGGUGGUGGCGGGGCGCGCGGCAUUUCUCAUAUCGGCAUCAUCAGAGCAAUUGAGGAAGCAGGUAUCCCUAUCGAUAUCGUAGGAGGCACAUCUAUAGGUGCCUUUGUAGGGGCUUUGUAUGCGCGCCACGCCGACGUGGUGCCCAUGUUUGGCUUGGCGAAGAAAUUUGCUGGGCGCAUGGCGAGUCUCUGGCGUUUUGCCCUGGACUUGACUUACCCGUCUGCCUCUUACACCACGGGCCAUGAGUUCAACCGAGGCAUCUUCAAGGCUUUCGGCAAGACGCAGAUCGAAGACUUCUGGCUCGAGUUUUACUGCAAUACCACCAACAUCACGAAGAGUCGAAAUGAGUUCCAUACCAGUGGAUACGCGUGGCGUUACAUCCGCGCCUCCAUGUCUCUUGCUGGUCUGCUUCCACCUUUGUGUGAUGAAGGCAGUAUGCUGCUUGACGGUGGCUAUGUCGACAAUUUGACUGUCUCACAUAUGAGAGGCCUGGGGGUCUCGAGCAUCUUCGCCAUCGACGUUGGUGCUGUGGAUGACGACACACCGCAAACGUACGGCGACUCGCUGUCGGGCAUGUGGGCGUUUUUCAAUCGCUGGAAUCCAUUCUCAUCGCACCCCAACCCGCCUACGCUGGCCGAAAUUCAAGCGCGUCUUGCGUACGUCUCCAGCAUUGACGCUCUGGAGAGCGCCAAGCUGAUUGAGGGGUGCAUCUACAUGCGUCCUCCGAUUGAGGCGUAUGGCACAUUGGAUUUUGCCAAGUUUGACGAGCUGUACCUUCUUGGGUACAAAUACGGCCAGGAUUUCAUGAAGAAGCUGCGCGAGCAAGGCAAGCUGCCUUUGUCGGAAGAGACGGAAGCGAAGCAGUCGAUGCGGCGCACCACAGCACGCAGACGAGCAAGCAUAUAG